UAGCUGUAACUGAAUGACACGACCCGGAAGUGUACAUGAGAGAGGGGGCGGUGGAAAAAGAACUCAAUCAAGAUGGCGGACGAGAAGCAGGUAUCAUCACAGGCAGAGACGGAGGGAGUGAACUGCCUUGCAUAUGACGAAGCCAUUAUGGCACAGCAGGACCGUAUUCAGCAAGAGAUAGCCACCACUAACCCUUUAGUGUCGGACAGACAAGAUCUCUCUGUGCUUCAGGGUGAAUAUGCUGCAGAGGAUGCCAUUUACCAGCUCAAGAUAAAGGACCUUCACAAAAAGUAUUCGCACAUUCGUAAGACACGGCCAGAUGGAAAUUGUUUCUACAGAGCUUUUGGCUUUGCACAUUUGGAGUCACUACUGGACGACAGCAAAGAGCUGCAAAGGUUUAAAGCCGUGGCAGCUAAGAGCAAACUGGACCUUGUAAACCAGGGCUUCACCGAGUUCACUAUCGAGGACUUUCACAACACUUUCAUGGACCUGAUUGAGCUGUGUGAAAAGCAGCAAUCACUUGGUGAACUGCUAAGCUCCUUCAAUGACCAGAGUGUGUCUGACUACAUAGUGGUUUACCUGAGGCUUCUCACCUCGGGAUACCUACAGCGGGAGCAUGUGUUCUUUCAGCACUUCAUAGAGGGCGGCCGUUCUGUUAAAGAGUUUUGCCAGCAGGAGGUGGAGCCCAUGUCGAAAGAGAGUGACCACAUCCAUAUCAUUGCCUUAGCACAGGCACUGAACGUGUCCAUAUUAGUGGAAUACAUGGACAGAGGAGAGGGUGGAACGGUGAACAAUCAUGUCUUCCCUGAAGGAAGUGAGCCACGCAUCUUCCUGCUCUACCGCCCAGGCCACUAUGACAUCCUGUAUAAGUGAUACUCUGUGGUUCCAUUGUGAAGAAACCAUACCAUUUCUACAGCCAAGUUGAGUCAUACAUGUGUAUGCGAGGCUAUGCUAUGAUUAAACAAAGUUUUCACUCCAGUUCUCCCCACAUUACAAAAUGAAUGAUUCCCCCCCCCCCAGUACAGACAGAACAAAGCUCUUGAUCGCAGAAAAACUGACACUGCAUCAAACAGCAGCAUUAUUAGAGUUGUACAGUAGGUUUUUGUGUGGUUGUAAAUGUUAUCAUCUUGCUUUUAGUGUUUUUCCUUUGUUACACUGCCUUUCAUGAGUUUUAUUAAAGGGAUUUACUCACUUGACCUGAAGUCAAUUUGUGGUUUCAGAAAUCAUUGUGAACGUGAUAACAUCAAGGCACAGACUUUUACCAUUCAGAAGUUGCUCGAAGCCAGUAACAGGAAAAGAACAGAAAGCGCAAUCAUUUAAGUGCUACUUUUACAUUUACCAAACAUAUCACACCUUAUGCAGACUGAUGUUUAUUUUAAGCAGAUUUGGG